AUGGGACCGCAUCCACACUUCAACGACCUCAGAAACAGUCUUGAAGAGCUUGAAGUUUCCGAACAGUCUGCAAAUGUUCUUGAACAGUUGGCGCCAUGGGGCCAGGCUUGCUCAAUGUUUUUCAAUGCCGAUUUCGAAUCUCUCCAGGUCGCCGCAGCCUUCUUCUGGUGGCAACACGUCUGGUUUCACACAGGCAAGUGCCUUAUUGCCGAGGGCAACAGAUUCGAGACGUUCCAUCAUGACUCUCGACUGUACUUCCGCACCAUUCUGUCAUCCGGCAGUCGACAGCAGAUCAGCCACAUGCGUGAGCAGCAGGCUCUCAGCAUGUUCGAUACCGUCGCAGACGCCAUCUGGAGCACGUCUACUGAAGUACAACGACUGCAGUUUCUCAGCUGCAUGGACGAGUAUUGCGCUCUUGUCUACAGAGAGCAGAUGAUUGUCAAGAAUGGAAGGGUUCCCAACUCUAACGAGUAUCAUCGCCUUCGAGUGGACAACGGACACGUGAAGAUCCUGAUUGAGGUGUUGCGGAUUGUCAUGGCCUUGCCUAUUAACCCUGCGGUAUCAACCUCUGCCGAGUGGGAGGUGAUCUUGAACAGCCUGGGCAUGGCCAUGUCCUACAUGCGAGAUCUUUACUUCUUGAAGCGAGACCUGGAUGCCAACGUAUGGACUUGCAAUGCUGUCAUGAUCAAAUACAGAGAGACUGGCGAGGGCAUGGAUGAGAGCGUCAAGCGCGUCGUCGAGGAUAUUAGCCAGUCAAUGGCCACGAUCAAUCGAGCGGGAUUACAGCUACAUGCGCGUCUUGUGCACAACGCAGCCAUGGCUGCCCACUUGAGUAGGGUCCUCGACAGCUUGCGUAUGAUGCUCAGUGGAUACUGGCUUUGGUGCACAAUAGCGCCGUUGAAUGCAAUCCAGGAGAAGUAUAGACUGGACAAUGGAGAUGUGGAGAUACCCUUGGCGAUGGAUGAGGAAGACGAGGACUCGGAGGAAGAGGAUUCGCAGGACGGCGACCAGCAGGAUGGUGACUGGCAGGAGGACGACCAGUAG